AUGUCUUCAGCCAAAAGUCCCAACACUGUCGAUGUCGACACACCUAGAAACAACUUCCUCGUCUUCAAUCGGCAACCUUAUAUCUCUCCUCACACCCUUAUCACUAUCAAGAAUUCCUCAGCCAUGUUUGCUCCAACUAAAGAGUCCAAAACACCAUCUCUUGCAAACCAUAUGUCCGCCGCACCACACACUGUGUCUGAUCUAAGGCCUGUCGGUAUCAUCGACCCAUCCGGCAUCCUGUCUGGGCUGUGUCUUGAAAGCCCUUCAGGAGAAGUCGCAAACGUCGUUAGUACAAAUGGCUUUCCAGGAAACAUUUUAUACCGGGGAUCCUACCGUGGUAUUGCCCAAGCUAUGGAAACUGCUGCCUCGAUGGGUCACCCGGGCACCCUCUGUUGGUUGACGAACCCUGCAAGUAGCUUUGACAUGAUGGCUGCUCGCUUGCCACCAGGACACCGCAAGGUAGACUUAAAAAUCCGAUACAUUGACUCUGAACCCAAAGACAAACCGAUUGCGAAAUAUCAACAGUCCCAGGAUGAGUGGAUGAUGAUUGUAUUCCCACGCGAUCGCACUACGGUCGGAGAUGCUCAACCAGACUUCGAUCCUGCGAAGGAACCUCCAAUCACAUUCAAAGAAGUUGUUCAGGACUCCUUGUUGGGCACAUUGCAUCGAGUCGGACAGUUUUGGUAG